CAUUCUGAUUUAUCAAAAAGAAAAUUAAUAUAUUUGGACAAUCACACGGCAUUGAUGUGAUUAUGCAUGCUUCUGAAUUUUUUUCCCCUCUAAACUUUAAUGGUGUUGAAAAUAUAUUCCUGCUUUCAUUUGUUAGACCUUUAGUCAUUUUGUUUUAAUGAAGUAUUUUAAAUCUCGGAUCCAGAGUUUUACCUCCUUGGGGACCAAUGACCAAUUUUGUAUGAGUUUGUUCCCUUUUGUUUGAUUUUGCCUUUGAAAUAAAUUGCUUUUGUUUUACUUUCUUGGAGUGGGUUAAUAGCUGAGAAGUUUCUGUUUGUGGCAAGGGAUGAAACAUUCAUAACAUUAUAUUCCAGUUCUAAUAGCUGAGAAGUUUCUGUUAGUGUCCAAAUGGCAUUUUGGUGUAUUGGUUAGAUACUUAACACUCAAGGCUAAGGGCCUCUUUGUAUCAGCAAAAUCUGCCCUGUAAUGAGAAUUUAAGAAUAACAGGUCAGACCUGUUACCGCCGCAUUCUCAUUUUGGAUUGAGAACAUAUGUGUCUGCCUUAUUCCUGAACUGGCAGUUUUAUUUUUAUUUAUUUUUAUUUAUUUUUUUUAGCACAGGGUCUUGUUCAUUUGGCAUACCGCAUAUGUACUUGAGGAUGAAUGCUUCUUCUUCUUCUUCUUCUUCUUCUUUUUGUUCUGAAAUUCUGAUUCCUUUCAAUUCACUUUCAUUGCAGUUGUUGCCUUUGGAUCUUUGUUGUCAUUUUCUUCUUGCUGAAUGUUGAUGGAUGUUCAUGAUAGAGCCUUGUUCUAUUACAUGCUUUUACAAUACGAUGUAGCCGUAGCAGAACGUGUGGUUGACCCUCCCAAGCAAGCAGUUUCAGUCUUUGCUGAUACGCAGAGCAGUGAAGUCAAAGAUCACAUAUUUGAUGAAUUUAACGACCUCUCUGUUGUAUAUCAGAAGGAGGCAUUUUCCUCCCGCAAUUUUAUUAGACUAUACAAUUCUCAGUAUUUCUUGUUGGUUGCCCUUUUCUUUUUCUCCCUUUUAUGUUUGCUCGUCUUCAAAGCUUUCUUAUGAAGUUCAUUCAGGAAGAAGAAGAAGAAAAAAUCUGAUGUAGUUUUCGAGUUCUCUGCUGAACCUAAUUCGUUGGGGUAAGGCUUAGAUGAUGAUGAUAAUGAGUUUUGAAGUUUC